AUGAAGUUCACCCUCGCUACUAUCGUCCUUUUGGUCGGCCUUGCUGUUGGCGCGCCGGCGGGCAAUGGCCAGCUGAGCUCCUCUCAGGAUGCUUCUGACGCCACCACUGCGGCCGGCAACAAGGCCAACAGCAACGUGAAUGUUGCUGCCAACGACGGCUCAACCGGUGUCAAGGCUGCUGAUACGGCUGAGGCUGCUAUCCUCCUCAAUGACAACGGUGAUGCCGGUGCUGCAUCGUCAGGUGCGGCAUUUGAUGCUGCUGUGCAGGCAAUCAAGAACUCUGGUAACCAGGAUGAGAUCGAUGUUUUGACAGGUGCUGGUAUUGAUGUCAACGCCGCGGGAAACUAA